CUGAUUCCAUCACUGUUUACUUUUAAUGACCUGGAAUGUGUUCUUCUUUGAAACCCUUCUCAAAUACCUUCCUCAUCAGCGCCCAAUUUCAAUUACAGUUGGUGAUUUGAUUUGGGUUUUCAAGAAUGGGGAAGGAGAAGCUGAUGGAUCAGAUUUUCAACCUGAAGCUUACAUCAAAAUCACUGGUAAGGCAAGCAAAAAAAUGUGAGCAAGAGGAGAAAUCCGAGAAGGUUAAAGUGAAGAAGGCGAUCGAGAAGGGAAACAUUGACGGCGCGAGGAUCUACGCACAGAAUGCAAUCCGCAAGCGUAACGAACAGCUCAACUACCUGCGCUUUGCAUCACGACUUGACGCAGUAGUUGCAAGGCUUGGGAGUCAGAAUAACCUGCAGAGUGUGGGGAAGUCGAUGAGCGGCAUUGUGAAAUCGCUUGAAUGGGUAUUGUCAAUUGGGAACAUGGAGAAGAUCUCACAGACCAUGGAUAAGUUUGAGAAGGUGUUUGUGAAUAUGGAAGUGCAGAGCAGCUUCACUGAGAUGUCCAUGGCAGGGACUACAUCUUUGUCCACACCAGAAGGAGAGGUGGGUUCGUUGAUGCAACAAGUGGCUGAUGAUUAUGGGUUGGAGGUGUCCCUGAAGCUCCCUCAAGCUGGGAAUUGUAGUAAUCAACAGGCUGUGGGGUUGGUGCCUAAGGAGACAGGGACUAUGAUCUCUCUUUCUGAGGAAGAAUUGAGUAGGCGAUUGGCUGAUCUCAAGUCAAAAGGCUAGUCUUUAUUAGUUUCUUCCCUUUCUUCUGGUUCAUGAGCUGGCUUUCUGUAUUCUU